UGUUUAGCCUAGUUACAUGUAGUUCGAACAUACAACGAGCUUUGAAUGUUUUUAAGAUUUCAUUAUCAGUCGGUGGUGAAGCUCGGUAAGAUAAACAGUGGAUUGAUCUGACUGCAAAGUGGAGGGCUCUCUCUCAUUUUUUAUAAGCAAUCAUCUUGUGGUCGUAGAUUUUUUGUUUUCAAUAAAAAAAAAAUGGAUACAAUUCAAAAAUUUGAUUACAUCGUUGUGGGAUGCGGUGGUGUUGGAAGUGCCGCGGUAUACUGGCUAUCGAAGAGAGCUGGAAAACUGGUUCUUGGAUUGGAGCAGUUUAGGCUUGGGCAUGGCAACGGCGGCUCACAAGAUUGGACAAGGAUUUUACGAAUGUCCUACAGCGCGCCAGAGUAUAUUCCCUUGGCGAGAGAUAGCAAGGAAGGUUGGCUAGAAGCGGAGAGGGAGUCUGGUAUGAAGCUAGUCUAUACGACGGGUGGGCUUGACAUCGCAAUGAGGGGCACCCCUGGCCAUAAUUGCCUGGAGAAAUUCGCUAAAUCUAUGGAGGACAAAAACGUCAAAUUCGAGAGGUACGAAGGCAAAAGUAUCAAAAACAAGUUCCCCCAGUUUGCAGCUACUUCCAAAUGGAUCUCCUUAUUUCAGAAAGACGCGGGAAUUAUUGAUGCUGCCUUGGCGAAUGCAGUUCACAUUCAGCUAGCCCGAAGACAAGGCGCAACCAUUAUUGAAAACGCUGCUGUUGUGUGCUUAUCUAGGGAUGGCGAUCUAACGAAGGUGUGCACAACUCAAGGUGACUUCUUCUGUAAGAAGGUGAUAGUCACUUCGGGAGCUUGGACCAAUGAUGUGAUCUCAUCGCUAGGGAUGAAACUCCCUAUAACAGUCACGCAAGAACAGGUUACAUACUUCGCCACACCGCACAUGAAAGAGUUCACAAAAGACAGGUUUCCAGUAGUCUUUCUCCACACCGGUUAUCCGGCUGCUCCCUAUUUCUUACCGAUCCACGGCAACACAGGAUUCAAGACAGGGCUCGACCUGGGAGGACGCAUCGUCACUCCUCAGACAAGGACUUUCGUCCCAGAUGAGAGGAGGAGGAGGAAAGAGAGGAGAUAUGUGGCAGAGCUUUGUCCGAAGGCCCUCGGUCCUACCCUUUAUACCAAAACGUGUUUGUACGCCCUAACGCCCGAUCGGCAUUACAUCAUGGACACGUGUGAGGUGGCUGGAUACAGUGACGUCAUUGUAUUCGUUGGAGCUGCACAUGCGUACAAAAUGGCUCCUGUCCUUGGUAAGAUUCUGAGCCAAAUGGCCAUCGACGGAAGUACUCCCUAUGACAUCAGUUCGUUUAGCUUGAGGAGACAGGCGAUCACCGACCGUGAUUACACACCCUGCUUUCAAUUAGACACGGCGGUGGUCGAAGACGACGUCGUCCCCUCAUCCCUCUGAGCAAUGAGCUAAAACCACGUAAAGGAGAUCGACCAUUUGAAGACAUGACAGAUAAGAAAGAGGAUGGUAUGCAAUUUUCAAAAGGAUCUGCGCACAUGUCAGGAUUACUUGAAUAUUGAAUAUCCGCAACCGACGAUUUAAAUCAUAAUCUUCUGCCCCUUUUUGCCUUCUCUUCACCCUGUUUUCGAGGUAUAUACGUUCGUUAUUUGUUAUACCGAAGGUUUGUUAUCCAAUUCACGAUUCUGAAUGUACGCUAUUCCGUGUACGUUAUUCCAAAACACAUGAAUGAUAAUAUGCCAUAGGCAUUGUGCUCGUUACUGAAUCCGCAAAAGGCGGAGUUUGUUUAUAAUUCGAACAUUGGUGGCAUUAUUCCGAAUAUUUGUUUUUCCGAACGUUCGUUUAUCCGUACAUAAAAUAGGGUUUAAACUAUUUUUGAAGGUUCUAUAUAAUCCCACAAUGAAAUAAGGUUCGUUAAUCCAUAAAAUUUUACUACGAAAAUAGCUGAUGAAUCUUAAGUAGAGGAUAUACUUUAUAUUCGAGCUCUCGAAUAUUCGGAACUUAAUGUCAGCUUCGGAUUAACAAACCUUCGGAAUAUUUCGUUUUGGGUAAUAAAUCUUCGUAAUAACGAAACUUCGUACUAAUUUACCUUCGAAAUAUCGAACCUGAAGUCGAUUAUUCGAACCUAUUGAUUGACGAACUAGCUGGGACCGUUUCAGAAAUCUCACAAAGGACGUACUCUUAGGGGUAAUCUACGCUGGAUUGCGGGGCAUCCCCUUUCCUACUCUUAGCUAGGAUGGGAUUUGGUAAACUAAGAAAUGAGUUAGGGCCCCGGGAAUAGGGCAGGAGAGAAUAGGAAAGAAAACUGACAAGGGCUGAGGAGGGUGGAAAUUAAGAGAGAGAGAGAGAAGAAAAGAGAGACGGGUGUUAUAUCCAUGGUUUAAUUAUUUUCAAAAACACCAAUACACAUACUGCGGCCAAUGGCUGAAAUGUAUGCGUUUACAACAGGUUCACAAAUAAUAAAAAAAGUAUAAAAAAGCCAAACAAACAAACAAAGAUUCACAACAUGAUUGUAAUACAUCCGGUAAGAUUGUAAAAAAAUAUCGUAAAUAUGAGUAGGACGACAUGCUUGUACAUGUAUAUAGGACCGAAGUAUCUUUUAAAUGUUGAGUGUUGAGUGUAGAAAACAACACAACAAUGAUGGUGAAUUGUAAUUUAAGUAAUUUGAAACUGAACUGAUGGAGGGCAAUUAUGUCGUUAAAUAUUACAAGAAUUCACUUUUAAACAAACAUUGACAAUAGAGGGAGAGAGGGAUGGUGAGUUAGAGUGUGUGUGGGGUGCAUGUGUGGGUUUGUGCUCGAGUGUGAGAGGGGGGCAGGGUGGAGACGACAUGCAGAGCAAGAAAUAACAAAGCAACUGGUAUAGUAACCAUGAUAAUUCGAGCUUUUGAAAGGAAUAGCUGAUCAAACUGAUAUUUAGAUAUAAAAGAUUUUCGUAAUGAUUUUGGUUGCUCAUAUCAGAUGCGAUCGAACGAUUUAGACCCCCUCUUGGUGUAAGCCUAUCUGUAUAAAAAACGGAGAGGGAAUAUUCUUUUCAAGCAACUUGAAGUUAAUUUAGAAAUUCGAAUUUUGGUUCCAACCGUAAAAUUGAUGAUGAAAAUAUACCCGUAAAUAUCAAAGGACAAGUCCACCCAACAAAAAAGUUGAUUUAAAUAAAAAGAGAAAAAUCAAACAAGCAUAACACUGAAAAUUUCAUCAAAAUCGGAUGUAAAAUAAGAAAGUUAUGACAUUUCAAAGUUUUUUCGCUUAAUUUCACAAAACAGUUAUAUGCAAUCCUGGUCAGUAUGCAAAUGAGGAGACUGAUGACGUCAUCCACUCACUAUUUCUUUUGUAUUUUGUUAUAUGAAAUAUUCUAAUUUUCUCCUCAUUGUCAAGUGAAACAACGUUUAAUUCCUCCUGAACAUGUGGAAUUAGCAUUGUUCAAUACUAUAUGGUUAAGUCAAGUUGGUCCUUAUUGUCAAAUCUGUAAAAAAUGAAAUAAUGUAUAAUUCAAACAAUAAAAAAUAAAAGAAAUAGUGAGUGCGGAACAUCAUCAACUAUCUCAUUUGCAUGUCACUGAGUUGUGCAUAUCAUUAUAUUUUGUGAAAAUAAGCGAAACUCUAAAAUGUCAUAACUUUCUUAUUUUACAUUUUUGAUGAAAUUUUCAGUGCUAUGCUUGUUUGAUUUUUCUCUUUUUAUUCAAAUCAAAUUUUUGCUGGGGUGGACUUGUCCUUUAAUGAUACAAUGUCAAAUUGCAAUAUCAGUAAAAUUUUCAUUGCUUGUCAUAUGCAUCUAAUAAUAUUAUUCUAAUAUGUUUAUUUGUCUUCAUAUACGUUAUAUAUGAACUAUUUGACAAACUUCCUUUUCUGUCAUGUAUAUAAUAUAUUCAAAAAGUUUAUUUUCUGGAUCUGUUUCUCAAACAAAGUAUAUAAUGAAUUUGUAUUUCGUUCUUUUCAAAAUGAAUAAAUUCAAAUUUGAAUGAC